AUAUAUGAGCGUCGUCCGGAACAGCCAACGCCAAAUGUAUCUAUGGGAGAAGUUAUACUGAACAAAUUGCGCGAGAACGGCAAUCGUGUUUAUGCAAUAGACGGACCAACCGGCAAUCAGAUGACAUAUAGAGAACUACUCGAGAAUAGUGUGAAACUCGCAAAGUUUUUACAAAAGUUCGGGAUAAAAAUGGGGGAUAGAAUUGGCAUUGCAACCGAAAAUCGAUUAAAUUGGUUAAUACCAGUUUAUGCAAGCUACUACAUCGGUGCUAUAGUUGCACCGUAUAAUCCUAUGUUCACAGAAUAUGAAUUGCAGCACAUAUUAAAUAUUGCGAAGCCGCGUAUUGUUUUCGUAUCUCAGCGCACUGAAAAUCUCUUCGCUAAGAUCUUACCGAAAUUAUCCUGGAAAAUGGAAUUAAUAGAGCUGAAUGAUCAACCGCUCACAACAAAUGUUCGUACGUUGACAAAUAUCUUAAAUAACGAACCGGAUGUAGACUACAUGAAAUACAAGCCUGCAGCUAUCGAUGAUCCCAAUCGGCAACCGUUGGUUAUUGUCUGUUCGAGUGGCACCACAGGCUUGCCGAAAGGAGUGACGCUGUCUCAUAAAAAUGUAAUGGCAGCUGCAACAAAAUUUAUCAAGCCCGAAUACAUGGAUACGAGAAGUGAUGACAGAAUAUUGAUAGUGUUACCGUUUUAUUAUGGUUACGGGAUGAGUAUGCUGUUACACGGUCUUUUCGGAAACUGCAUCUUGAUCAUAAUGCUCACCUUCGAGCCGCAACUCUUCCUAACCCUGGUGCAGAAAUAUAGGAUCACCUAUCUGCCGGUGGUGUCGUCAAUCAUGACGUUCUUAGCGAAACAUCCGCUGGUAGAUAGUUGUGACUUUCGCAGCGUGAGAGAAAUCAUCACCACAGGGGCGCCACUUGCAAAGGAUGUAAGUUUUCUUAUGUCAUCAUAAAGUACAUCAUCUUUACCAAUCCCCCUUUUUCCAUCCCUUUCAAUCAAGUUAUCACACUAAGAAAAGUAACCAUCGACGGGACUAAGUACCGGAAGUGAGUUCUCGAUGUCGCGGCUGCUAUUAUAACCACUGUGAAGGCUCG